GGCAUUUAUCACAAAAGAAAACAGUCGUCAGCUGCAGCAAGUGAAUUGCAUUCUAAAUUUUCUGCAAACUUUCUUGUCUUUCAUAAUUAAAGCGGCUUAAAGGGUGAAAUGGACCUUCGAAUAAUCUUUUUGUUCAUCUCACAAGUGAUUAGCAUCAACAUUUUGCUUGUGGCAGGCCAAAGUCAACGCAUAAAAGAUGGAAUGUACACAUCUAUAAGUGGAGCCAGCUGCUUCAGGCGCCUCAAUGGAACCCAUCAAACGGGCUGCUCUUCAAGCCAAUUUGGUUCUGUAGGAGCACUUCAUCUUAUACAAGUUGUGGAAGACUUUGAAUUUUUACUACGAAACCCACCUGCGCCUCCAUAUGCGCCCAUGAUACCACCGCAUCUCUUCACUCGGCAAAAUAUGCUGCGCUUAAAAAAAGAAGCACGACAAAAUAUAAGCGUAGUAUUGCUCAUCAAUGACAACGAAAAAAUGACACAGUUUUCACAUGAACUCACUUGUCCGAAUCAAUAUAGCGGUUUAUUGCUCCUAAACAGCAAAGAAACGGCAACUUGCGAUACACAAAAUGCUGAGAAUGCUUGGAAUCCUUGGGGAACUGGACUGUUACAAGAAGAUUUUCCAUUUCCAAUUUAUUAUAUAGCAGACGAGGAAGAAGUCUACAAGCUUAAAUCGUGCUUUGAAAAGUUUAAUAACUUUGAUUACAAUGGGCAUACCACGCGUAGUCUUUGCGCUGUUGAAGUAACAACGUUUAUGUCGGCGGCGGUCAAUUCUGAAGUUUGCAUUCGUCGUUCGAACUUCAUUAACAACUUAGCACGAACUAGAUACUGUGAUCCUCUGGAAGGAAGCAAUGUUUACGCCACAAUGUACCCUCGUAAUUUAUCACGUUCCAUAGCAGAAGAGACUUUAGAAAUUCGUUCAGACCCGAACGAAAAAUUUAUUCUAAUAUCUUGUAGAAUGGAUACGUCGUCCAUGUUUGAUGGGUUAGGUUUGGGCGCUAUGGAUUCACUGACGGGCUAUGUGACAUUGAUGAGCAUUGCCAACACACUUAAGCAAUAUCUUCCUAAGAAUUAUUCGGAAUUAACAAGAAAACUGAACAUACUUUUUGUUGUAUUUAAUGGCGAAUCGUAUGAUUAUAUCGGCUCACAACGGUUUGUAUACGAUCUAGAAAACUUGGAUUUCCCCUUGCCAUCAACACUAACAGCUCCAAUUUCUUUUGAAAAUAUCGAGUUAAUGAUCGAUAUUGGUGUAUUGGAUGAAAUCUCGACAAUAAAUGUACACACCGUAAAUACAUCUGCAAAGGCUGAAUCUUUUGCAGCUGCAUUAAAUGCGCAAAGUCAAACCUUUGAUAUUAAGUUUGAAUUAAAAGUGGGAACUAAUAUACCACCCACGUCAGCGCAAUCUUUCCUGCGCAAAAAUCUGUCAUUUCCUGCCUUGAUCUUAAACUCAAAGCCGCAGAACAGAUACUAUCACUCAAUAUAUGACAACGCGGCAAACCUUAAUUUCACUUACGGUAACCACACCGAACAAAAUUACGCGAAACUCAUGUCCACAGAAGAGGCACUGCAAUAUUUCUCAGCUGAUUCAGUUCAAAUGAAAAUACGUAAUGUGUCAACGAGUGUAGCCUUGGCCUUGUCAGAAAUGCUUUUUAGCAAAGGACCACUCGAGAAAGUUUAUGCAAGUCCUGUAUUAGUAGAUGAGCUGCUGCAUUGCUUUCUACAGUCUGCUGAUUGUAGACUAUUUAGAGAUGCAUCACCAGUCAAUAGCCUGCCAGGACUACCAUUUCCACCAUCACGCUAUAUCAGCGUUGCCGGUAGCCCACAGGACUCAUCUGGUUGGACGUACCGCGUUUUAGGAUUAUUAUUGUCAACCGAAGUAGCGGAUUCAGGGGAAGAGAAGUGUGGACCUUUGCCAUUGCAGUGGAUUACUGGGCAAAAGGGUGCCGGCGAAUGUCGCCUGACAACGCAGAAUUAUACUCACGCUCUAAGUCCGGCGUUUUUAAUAGAUGAUUACGACUGGAAAUCAGGCCAAUACUCAACGUGGACUGAAUCAACCUGGGGCGGUCUCAAAGCACGUAUGUUCCUACGUCCGUCCAGAGUACACGAGAUCGUCACACUCUCCAUUGGAAUUGUUGUGUUGAUCAUAUCAUUUUGCUUAGUCUACAUUAUUAGCAGCCGCUCAGAAGUACUUUUCGAAGGCGCAACGACAAGUUCCGAUGCUAUUUCACAACUCAUCAGUUAAUAACCAAGUUUGUAUCCUGAAUUUGUACAUAGAGUAGUUCCGAUUUGUCUACUCGUUGCUAUACUUCAGACUCCUCACACUCGAAUGCUGAUGCGAAAAAAUUAUACAUUCCUCUAUCUUAGUUAUUAUGUUUCAUAAUCAGGGUUGCAAAUAAUCAAAAAAAU